UGUAUUUCUGGGAUUGAUUCAACUUCAAAGGAUAUAGUGAAGGGGGUGACCAUAUAGGUCAGUUAAACUCCCCAUGUAUGUAACUAGAGAAUAGAUAUAGAUAUCCCUUAUAACUAGAUUGGGAUAAACGACUAAUUUGUAUUGAGGUGUCUGUAAUACAACCUCCAACAAGGGGGGAGCCCCACAGGGCUGCAGUACCAGAGGGAGGGUUAGGUUUCCCGUAGAAGUCACCCAGGAACAGAGAAGUCAUUCCAUUUGCCUGUACAAACGGAUAGAAAGAGAAACCAAACCAAAGUAACAAAAGACCAACAUGAGCAGCAUGAACCAACGAGUUGAAUCUGCCUACCGCGGGUACUUUUCCGACGGCCAGUUGGACUGGAAUGAGAGUGCUCAGUUGUGCAAGUUCUUGAAGGAUUUGAAUCCUCCUCCGGAUCUCUUGGUGUGGUUGCGGGCGACUGCGUUUCGCAUCGGCUGCGAGUAUCUUUCCGACGACAAGGACAAGAACGUGGGACUCCUACGGACCGUCAAUGCGAUUGUGCACGCCAUUGAAGCAACCUGUCUUCAGUCAUCAGGAGCUGGGUCAUCCAGUGAUGAAGCCACCUUUGUGGAAUAUUACAAAGGUCUCUUUGGCGAUUUGUCAGUAGACCAAGAAGAGAAUGCAGAGUUGUUCCAGUUUUUCAAAUCCAACAAACCAUCCUCAGAAUUCCUAGUUGGAGCUCGGGCGUCCGCCUUCAAGGCUGCCUGCGAUUUCCUAUCGGGGGACAAGGACCAGAAUGUCAAAUUAUUCAAGUGCGUCAAUGUUGUGGUUCAUGCCUUUGAGAAAACGUGCUUGGUCCCCAAACCAUUCACGCUUCAAGCGGAGCCAUCCGUCAAUGUCAACGGCAUGAGCCUUACAGACGCGGCGCAGCAUUUGUGGGAGCUUGAUGCUAACAGGCUCGAGCCAAAUGAACACUAUGCGAUCAAUGUACAAAAGGGAAAGAAACCCUACUGGAAAGAGGACUCGGCUCCCGAUCCCCUCUUUACCAGUGUCGACAAGAGCGUCUGGCAACGCAAAACCUACAAAACAUUCGUGGCGCUUUUGGAUAACUACACUGCCGAAGUUGGCAAAGAGGAGACUCUGAGCAAUGCCGAACGGCAAGAGAUUAACGAAUUUCUGUCGGCCAUUAUGCAGACGGCUCCCAUGCAAUUCUGUCAUCGAUACUGCCGGGCCAAAAAGCCCAGUGAUGUGCCAGAAAGCCUCUCUGGAUUCCGCAAUCUACUCUUCAAAAUCUGGUUUGAGCUCUACCGUCGCAGCCGCGGAGGUCGUUUGGAUUCCAGUGGCUUUGAACAUGUUUUUGUCGGUGAGGUCAAGGAUGGCGACGUAUCGGGCUUUCACAACUGGAUCCAAUUCUACUUGGAGGAAAAGCGCGGAAAGGUCGACUACCGCGGUUACAUCAAGCCCAAAAGCAGGGGAGAUGCCAAUGCUGACGGCAAUGAUCAUGUGCUGACGCUGCAAUUUGCUUGGGGUGGCGUCGAAAAGUUUGUCGGAACCUGCUUCAUCGGUACCUCGCCCGAAUUUGAAAUUGCCUUGUACACAAUGUGCUUUUUGGUCGGAGAGGAAAACAACAUUAUCCAGCUCAACACUGGCACAGACGUCUUUGACAUUGACAUCCGAUGCUACCACAUUGCCCGCGAUAAGAUUGGCACUUCGUUCCCCGAAACAAAGUCUCACUACGAGGCCUAAAUAAAUUGCUUGUUGGAUCCGACUUCCGACAAAGGCAACGUCAAAAAUACUAAAUUGAUGACUAAUAGCUAGAUUGUGGCUAAUACUCCUUCCGUUCUUGUCCCGUACCGAAAGCAGAAUUCUGCGACCCAGAAGUAUUUAGUAACUUUUUCUAAGGUGUACCAUAUGCAUGGUACUCUGUUUGCUUACGACUGAGCAAGGAACACAAUUGCAACCGCAGAGGGAACUUCUUCUAUCGUGAGUGUUGUGUUGGUCCAGUGUACCGCGGGGCUGGCCAAAUCAAUUCCCUUUGUGCUUGCACAUAUUUUUACAGAGUUCUGUAGGAAUGCUGCCCAACAAGGAUGUGUGGGUGACUACCAAGGUUGUCAAGUUGUCCAUGGCAAGUUAGUCAGAGUCUCGGUCGAGUCGAGCCUCUUGUGGCCUGGAGGUUGUAUCUUUAACAGAUUGCCCCCACGAAUGAAAGAACCAUCAAUCGUUCAAUCGAUUGAAUUUGAUUUCAAAUCAAAAUUAAGAACCUUGCGACCCGAGAGCAAGCCAAUCGUAUCGCACUGAUACUGAACGGCUCUACAGGUACUCUGUACUGACAAUAGAAGCAUUAACUCCCACCCGACGGGUC